UUAUUGCAAGCUUGUUUUCAGAAGAAGAAGAAAGAAGAAAAGAAUAUGAACUUGGUUUGGGUGACCUGACCGCGGGGCCGUAGGCCCAUGAUGAAGCGAAGUGCCAUCUUCCGACUUUGGGACUCUCGGGCGCUUUAGACUGCGGAAAAAUGGCGAAGAAGAAGAAGAGAGAGGAAGCAGAGGCAGAAGAAGUAGGCAAGCCUGAAAGCGAGCUGGAGCUUGUUAAUGGCGACUCCCCAGAGACGAAUAAGAAGAAGAAGAAGAGUAAGAAGGAGAAGCGGGAGAAAGAGAAAGAGAUUCCUACGGUCAGCAUCGCAGUCCCCGGUUCCAUCAUCGAAAACGCUCAAUCUUUCGAGCUCGCCACCAGAUUGGCUGGUCAGAUUGCUCGCGCUGCAGCCAUUUUCCGGAUUGACGAGGUUGUUGUCUUUGAUAAUAAGAGCACCUCAGCAGAGGAUUCCAGUGUGAUAGCAGCUGAAAAUUCAGACGAGUAUGAAAGUGGUGCAGCUUUUCUUAUAAGGAUAUUGCAGUAUCUUGAGACACCACAAUAUUUAAGAAAGAGUCUAUUUCCAAAGAAUAACAGCUUAAGAUUUGUGGGUAUGUUGCCCCCACUUGAUGCUCCUCAUCAUCUACGCAAGCAUGAAUGGGCUCCAUAUCGAGAAGGAGUCACACUAAAAGAAAGGCCUCCAAAUUCUGUGGGAACGCUAGUUGAUGUGGGUCUAAAUAAGAAUGUUGUCAUUGAUCAAGUAUUUGAACCUGGACAAAGAGUUACUGUUGCUAUGGGAACCAACCGCAGCUUGGAUGCUGAUUUAUUGCAUCAGGUAGUUUCAUCCUCAAAACCCAGGGAAGAAGGGGGCACUUAUUGGGGGUAUAAAGUGAGAUAUGCUUCCAACAUCAGUUCUGUGUUCAAUAGCUGCCCAUACAAGGGUGGCUAUGAUAAUUUGAUUGGUACUUCGGAGCAUGGUGUUAUUGUUAAUUCCUCAGAGCUUACUCUACCAAGUUCCAAGCAUCUAUUGAUUGCUUUUGGUGGACUUGCUGGAUUGGAAGAGUGCAUUGAAGAAGAUAAUAGCUUGAAGGGAAAAGAUGUGCGCCAGGUGUUUGAUUUGUACUUGAACACAUGUCCUUAUCAAGGAAGUCGUACAAUUCGAACAGAGGAAGCGAUCUUUAUAUCGCUUCAGUAUUUCCAAGAGCCGAUCAAUCGUGCAUUGAAGAGGUUUGAAUGUCAAAAUUAGUCGACGAGAAGUCAUUUAACAGGGUAACCUUGAGACAUCUGACAACCACAAUUCUCAUUUCAGAGUCCUUUCUCUACUCAAUCCACGGUUUGUUCAGGUCUCAAAGCUGGUUGCCCAUGCGAUACAUUUAUCAACCAGAAAUUAAAAUGGCGAUUCUCAGUCGUUUAGAUAUGAUGAUGUCUAGUCUUUUAGAAUAUCUGACAUUCAUUUUUUGUAUUCUUUAGUUGCUUUUUUUGUUAUGUUUUGUUUUUGUUUUUGUAUUCUUGCAGUACCUCAGUGUUGUACUCUGUAAUUUUAUUUAUUAUUUUUUCAGUUACAUUUGUGCCA